AGCACUCCUCUGGUUGAUCAGUGUGUCAUGGAGGGGGUGAGCUGUAUUGUCCAGGAUGCUCGGCAGUUUGAGGAGCAUCCUCCCCUCCAAGAAUCCAACAGCUGCAGCCUCGCCCAACCAUCUUAUAGCAGCCAUCUUUGUCCUCGCCCUCCCCCAGCCCGGAUCCGGGCCCGCGCAUGCGCACGCGGCAGGCAGGCAGGUUGCGGGAGCGUCGCCUGGCGACGGGGGAGGGGCGGGAGCGAGAGGCCGGGAGAGGAGACGAGCAGCAUGGAGCCGGGGCCCGGCAACACCAGUGGGUCGGCGGCCGUCGUGUGCGCCAGGGCCGCCUGGAAGUGCAACAAGGGAGGGCUGCGGGAGUACAGAACCAGUUAUCUUGGAAAGACCUCAAACCAACCCUGUGGAAACUCCAUGUUUGCUGUAUCUCCAGUGUUCUAAACAGCUUGCUGAGAUAACCUUUGUAGAAGUAGUUAGUGAAGCAAAAACAAUGGAAGUUUACACUGAAGAAGAGUACUGUGGAACCUGCCAAGGCCAAAGACUAGAAAAUUCACAAAUAAACAGUGGCCACAAGCAGAUUCUCUUAUUUAAGAAGUAUUUUAAAUUGGAAUUUCCGAGUUCGUCAUGUGAACUAAAGUUGCUUUCUUUAGGUGGAAAGGCAAAAGUACAAAUUGGUGAAAUAUUACUGGGCAUAAGGCAUGCUUCAAUUGAUAUCUCACGAGGCAUUUCUCCAUUAGGAAAAAAUAUCAACAUGCAGCGAGUUCAGACAAUGAUGGAUUCAAUGGGAACAAAGCUGUCACCUGGAGCUCAGCAACUUUUGAACAUGGUCCAGUUUCAACAAAAGAACCAAGCCGCAAUAGGAGGAUUGUUCCAGGGAAUCUUUGGUACAAGAAAUUUGACAGAAAUUGGAAAAGUAAUUGGUUCCUCUCGGACAACUGGACUAUCUGAGGAAGGACUAUCUUCUCAUGAAUGCAUUGAAACUAACCCAAUAUUCACUUCACAAAUGGAAGAAACAAAGGGGUCAAAAGAAAUAUUUAUAUUGAACGGUGAGUCUACAGAAACAAGAGAUGCCUCAAACUUGGCUAAUGGAAUAAAUAAUAAGAAAACAGAGUAUGAUUCUGAAGCUAGUGCAAGAGAUGCAGAUGAACAUAAGUUUGCUGGAGGAGAUUUGCAAGAGCUUGUAUCAACUUAUUUGUGCAAACAAAACAAUGGGGAACAAAACAGCUUUAGUUCUGAUAUGCUACCAUUUCUUCGGAAUUUAUGCAGCCAAGUGAAUGAACUUCGCAUAGGAGAAAAAACUAAAGCUGUUAAACACGAUGUAACAGAAGAAGAUGGAACCUGUGAUAGGCUGUACCAACAGACAUUUUGUGUUGAAUUGGAAAAGCAUAUCACUGAACAUAUGGAGUCAAUGGAACAAAGACUUAAGGAUUAUAUUGAUCACCGAAUAAACAUAUUGCAAGAUGACCUUGAUAAAAAGUUUGUUUCACUCACCAAACUGAUUGAAAAUGCUGGUGUGAAAAGGACUGCAACAAAAGAAAUUGAACGUGGUGCCUUCUUAACAAAUGGGGAUGUUUAAAUAAUUUUUCAUCACAUUCAAAACACAACUGUGAAACUGGUAUAGUUUUGAGAAACAUUCAAUUUAACAAUUACUGUUGGGGUAUUUAAGCAACAUUACUUGGUUCAUAUAGAUUUAAAGUUCAAUCCGAUUAAACGUCUUAAGAAGGGUUCGAGCCGAAACGUCACUUAUCCAUGUUUUUCAGUGAUGCUGCUUGAUCUGCUGAGUUAUUCCAGCACUUUGUGUCCUUUGGUGUAUGAAUCGGCAUCUGCAGUUCUUUGUUUCUACAUUAAACUCAUUGUUGGUGUGUUUUUCCA